AUGGUUUCUUUCAAACUCUUUUCUGGCGCUAUUGCUGCUCUUUUCACUGUCGCUCUCUCAGCUUCCCCCGUUGCUGCUUCUGAAGAAUGGGGAUCCUUUUCCGGCCAAGUUUCUUCUGUUUCUUACAUCUCCGGUACUGAAUACUCACUUGUUUCUGACCUUACCAUUUCUCUCAAUUCUGGAUGGUCUCUCGCUGAUCUUCAAGGUCGUACUUCAGGACAAAUUGUAAACAAAACUAUUGCAUAUAAUACUGCAGAUAGCAAGUACUACGCUACGAUUGGAUACACUGCAACUUCCUCAAAUACAACAGAUUCCCAGAUUUGCUUCGAACCUGUCCCUAUUGCUAUUUCUCUUAACCAGGAAGUUGAUGGUUCUAAGCAAGGCCGUAUUGUCAAUGGUUAUUUCUUCAUUGGAUGUGUCGACAAGACCAAGAUUGAAGGUCUUUCUGAAUCAUCAUCAUCAUCAUCUUCUUCUUCUUCUAUUGCCUCCACAACUUCUUUAAGCUCUGCUUCUAUUUCUACCAUUUCUGCUUCUGCCAUUUCUUCUUCUGCCAUUUCUUCUUCUGCCAUUUCUUCUUCCAAGGCUUCUUCUUCUUCUGCCGCUGCUUCUUCUAUUGCUUCUUCUGAGGCUAAGGAAACUACUUCUGCUAAAACUACUUCUGUUAAAGCUACUUCUGCUACUGAAACCUCAACUAUUGAGACUUCUGCUGCCAUUUCGUCUGGCUCUACUACCGAGAACUCUGGCUCAUCUACUGAAGCCAACUCCACUGUUUCCUCGACCAUUGUCCAGGCCAAUGCUGGUUCCAGUCUUUGCGCUGUUUCUUCUUCUGUUGCAGCUGGUCUUUUGAUUAUGGCUGUUACUUUCCUUUUCUAA